GAUCGUCUCCUCCGUGACGGCCGGCUGGAGAGCGACCAGUCACGGCCGCUCGCCGGCUAGACUGACAGGGGCGUCGGCCACUGUCGAAGCGUCGCCGCCACUUCCCGUCGAGGAGCGAGAGUGUAAUAUGGCGAAGACCUACGAUUACUUGUUUAAGCUGCUGCUGAUCGGAGACUCGGGGGUCGGAAAAACCUGCGUUCUGUUCCGCUUCUCCGAGGACGCCUUCAACUCCACUUUCAUCUCCACCAUAGGAAUUGACUUUAAAAUUAGAACCAUAGAGCUAGAUGGCAAGAGAAUUAAAUUACAGAUAUGGGACACAGCUGGACAGGAGCGGUUUCGAACAAUCACAACUGCGUACUACAGAGGAGCCAUGGGCAUCAUGUUGGUAUACGACAUCACCAAUGAGAAGUCUUUCGAUAACAUCCGGAAUUGGAUUCGGAACAUUGAAGAGCAUGCCUCCGCCGAUGUUGAAAAGAUGAUACUUGGAAACAAAUGCGAUGUGAAUGAAAAAAGACAAGUUUCUAAAGAACGAGGGGAAAAGCUAGCGCUUGAUUACGGAAUUAAAUUCAUGGAGACCAGCGCAAAGGCAAAUAUAAAUGUAGAGAAUGCGUUUUACACUCUUGCACGAGAUAUCAAAGCAAAAAUGGACAAAAAAUUGGAAGGCAAUAGUCCACAAGGCAGCAACCACGGAGUCAGAAUCACAACGGAUCAGCAAAAGAAAAGCAGCUUUUUCCGAUGCGUUCUUCUGUGAGGGACGCUGCCUUAAUCUGAGCAUCUGCUCAAUUGAAUCGGACUGUGCCUGUUCUGAGUGAGCUUUACUCUAUCUGUGGACUUAACACCUUUCAAAAUUUCCCAUGUUACAGCCGUUGCCGGAACAAAAAUGGAAAAAUUGUUUGUUUUAGUAUGUGUGAUUUUUUCAGCUUUGGAGAUGGAAUAAGUUGAGUUUAAUAUUUUUCCUGUUCAUGUUUGCCACGUGGCACACACACUAAGAGAGAGGCAGUUGCCAGGUGACCUGCAGGACUAUCUUUCCUGUCAGCUUUCUGUCUCUCGGGGUUUUGUGGUUUUUUUUUAAUACCUGUAAUCUCUCCCAGAUCCAGCAAGAAAACCAGUCUGACCCAAACUGUCAUAGGACACAACACUGAAAUGCCAAUAUUAACAGUGUUCCUAUACGGGACCUCUGUGUGCAUUGAUGUUAGUUUCCUUAGUAUCGGUACCUCGUUUUACUUGGUCUCAAUCCGUGAAAUAGUCUCUUAAAUAGCAGCGAAGCUUGCUGUUAGACUGGAGGAAACAAAAAAAAUCUUAUUCAACCCAAAUCUUUCCAAAUAGUUCUUUAUCUACCCAAGAGUUUUCUGUGUGAUCUGCCGAGUUAAGCAAACCCAUCUAAAGUGCAGCAGAAAUGGAUCGGAUCCCAUAGAAAGUGUUUGGUGUUUCUUCUCCUCCUAAUCGGAUCGCUAACCGUUUCGUGAUUCCAUCCUUGGUCUCUGACCAAUCGAACUUCUUUGGCUGGUUUUCUAAAUUCCUCGUGCACGCUGGAGAAUGCUCACGGACUAAGGACAUUUUUGACCAUUCUGGUCUGGUGUGAGAAAAAUAGUCUGUAAUGGGGAACUUCCUUAGAAAAUCCCGUACGAGUUUCCUUUUGCUUAUGAUUUGUGGGUAUCCGUAACUCUUAAAAAGACCCUUGCAGCCUUCUCACCUUCUACCCUCAUGCCCUGUAGAUUGUGUGGCAUUGAUGUGAUUUCCCCUCGUGUAGACACACUUGCCACGUGUUACCCAGCUAAUUACCAGUAGCGCCAAAUUGGACAUCCUUUUUAGCAGAGAUUUAUUUUUUAAAUUCUUCAUGCCAGGAAAUGAUUCAAUCUAAAAUUUCGAAUGGCAGUACAGAUGAUUUGAACAAAGUGCAUGUUUAUAAAUAGAGUGAAAGAACCCUGAAAUGGCACACAAAGAAUACAGAUGCCUGGGUAGAGAACCCAAUGCAUUCCAUUACAAAAAUCCGAACCGUGAAAAAACUGAAGGUUUUUUGGUUUUGUUAUUUUUUUUUUUUUAAGAAAAGUUAUUUUAUGACAGCUAGUGGCUUUUAGUGUAGGGCCUGUAAAAUUGAUUGUAGCUAGUAGGUUGGAGGCGAUGUCAACAAGUAACUGCUGUCUCAGUUAAGUCAUUGGCAUAAUAGUUUCAAGAUUUCUGAAUUAAACAUAUCAACAUCCUGUUAUUCACUGGACUCUUUAACAUGCUCUGUUUACAUUGAUAAAUGCACUUAAAGGAAAAAAAUUAAAGCUCAUUUUAAAGCGAA